AUGUGUGAUCAGCAGAAGCAGCCACAGUUUCCUCCUUCCUGCGUGAAAGGUUCAGGACUGGGUGGUGGUGGUCAAGGUGCUGGUGGUGCCUCUGUGACAUUCCAGGCUCCAGGCCAGUCCCAAACUGUCUGUGUGACCGGCCCUGCUCCCUGCCAGGGUCAAGCCUUCAUGAGUUACCCAGUUUUAGUUCCAGCUCAAACCUAUGUGAAAUACCAAGUUCCAUACCAGACUCAAGCCUACGUGAAGGGCCCAGCCCCCUGCCAGACCAAAGCCUUUGUGAAAUGCCCUGCCCCCUGCCAGACAUAUGUGAAGUGCCCACCUCCAUGCCAGACGACCUAUGUGAAGAGCCCAGCUCCAUGCCAGAAAACCUAUGUCAAAUAUCCAGUUCCCUACCAGACCCGGACAUACUAUGUCCAGUACCCUUCUUCUGGCCAGACCUACUACACUCAAGCUUCUGCGAGUGGCUCAGCCUCCCAGGGCUGUGUUCCUGACCCAUGCUCUGCUCCCUGUUCCACCAGCUAUUGCUGUCUUGCUCCCCGGACCUUUGGGGUCAGUCCCCUGAGACGUUGGGUCCAGCGGCCCCAGGACUGCAACAUGGGAUCAUCUGGCUGCUGUGAGGAUUCUGGAUGCUGCAGCUCUGGGGGGUGCUGUGGCUCUGGGGGGUGCUGUGGCUCGGGGGGAUGCUGUGGCUCAGGGGGGUGCCACUGUUUGGGAAUUAUCCCCAUGAGAUCUCGAGGUCCUGCAUGCUGUGACCAUGAAGAUGACUGCUGCUGUUAA